AUGAACAGUGACAGGGCAACAACAGGCCUGCGCGAUCGUAAAGCCUGCAUCGCUUGCACCAAAUCGAAGCGAAAGUGCGACAAGGGAACACCAUUUUGCCAGCGCUGCUUAGAAAAAGACCUGAUAUGCCAGUAUCCUAACAUUCGGCCGUAUACCCGUGUAAAAAGGCUACCUCAGACAAGCCCGCCUGCUAGCGACGCGUUAAGCUCACACGAAGCAUCAUCAGCUCAGUUGGAAGCUCGCGAAAGCGUGAAUCCUUCCCUAUUGACCGGAUCCUGGUUUCUAGGACCUGAAACAUGGUCGAUCGAUCAUUCGUCAAUAAACUGUCCACUUCCUCCGCUUUCUGCCUCCAUAAUGGAAAUCUAUGUUGACCAAAUGAGAGCGUGGCUGCGACAGUGGAUCAAAGAAACACAGAACGGAUUCAUACAUGGACAUUUAUACUCGGUCACAGGUCUUCCACAUUGCUUGCAGAACGCCUGGGCUGCACUCACGGCGUACUUCUUCAAAACUCGCGAAAAUGAAGUUGCCACCAUGAGCAUGAUACAAGCUCGCGCUGAAGAGCUUAUAGUGCAACAAAGCCAUAAUGAAAUUUGCUCGGCCACAAUGUCCCUGCUCGGAACUGUCGAGCAUCUAGCACGGGUGCAGGCGCUCUUCGUCUACCAGUUUAUCCGUUUAUUUGAUGGGAAUAUCCGACAACGAGCGUUAGCAGAAAAAGAAAUACCUGUUCUGUUCAGUUGGUGCAGAGCACUCUGGGAAUCAGCUACUUUACACGCAGACAGCGAAAAUUUCUCACUGCCGAGUAGUCCAUUUGAUGGAGCGGAUCCGAUCGCUCGUCUCUGGAGAAAGUGGGUGUUGAGCGAAAGCAUUCGCCGUAUGUGGAUCAUCACUCAUUUCACACAGUCCGUGUACUUCACAAUGAGAGAUGGCUGGACAAACUGUCCCGGGGGUGUCUGCUUCACGGCGCGGCAGGGCCUAUGGGACGCGUCCUCUUCAGAUGCGUGGGCAAAUUUGCUUGGUACCCAUGACCCCUGGUUUUUCUCAUGCGCCCACGCGAACCAACUCUUGAUGAUUGCGGAGCCGGGUAGAGUUGACAGUUUCUCGGAGCUCUUACUAAAGAUGCUUUGGGGUAACGAGAAGAUCGAGAAUUGGAUGAAGAAUGGUUCGGCCGUGUCCAAUUUGACUUUAAAUUAA